GUUUAAAUUUGUUUCAAAUGACAAUUCUGAAAUUAAACUGAAGUGACAUUUAAAUUUCGUGAUUUCAUCAAAAUUAUAUCGUGAAAAAUGUCCAAUGCUGCACCCGUGACGACACGCCGGGUGGCGAUGAUCGUCCUUUCCACCAUCAAAAAACUCGGAAACUCCAGAGGGGUCACCCUCAAGAAGAUACACGAUUACAUCAAGGAAGAGUAUCCCAAUUCUCCAUAUAACAUGAUGAGGCUGAACAACACCCUUCAGAAGGCAUUGGCAUUUGGUGCUGUUUCCAAGAGAAAUAACAGAUAUGUUCUUGGGAACAUAAUGAGAGGCAUGAGAGGGUUGAAUUCUUCGAAAGGGCGAAAAUACUCCGUCAUACAAGCGAGAAGAAGGAGACGAAGAGGUAGAAAAGGUGGAAAGAAAGGUAGAAAAGGAAGAAGCAGAAAGAGGAGCAAAAGACCAUCUAGAAGAAAGUCACUCAGAAGGAGGAGGCGUUGAAAUCAUCUCAUUUUGUAAUUGUGUCGUUGUAAGCAGUAAAGUGGGUCAUUAUUA